CGGCGGCAGUCGGCAAGAACCGCUGUGCGCUCAUCAUUUUUGAUACUUGAAAGCCCUCCGCUGCGAAUUUGUCUCUUGCCAAUUCCAAACCACACCAACACCACAAAGCACAUACCCACACAACUAGAACCAGACGACUGUCCCUACCGACAGUCAGGUAUCUAGUUUUCACAGCACACCCUCAGCGACACCGCGCCGGCAUCCACGAGGAUCCCCGCGCCCACCCACUCACCGAACUUUUUCAGCUCACUUGCCCAGCGCAGUGAGCUUUCGUUCCUGAUCCAUAAUCAUGGCUGACAAGGGACUUGAGGAUAUCGAUGCUGGUCAGAUCGAGUCCAACUAUGACGAGACCACCGACAGCUUCGAUGCUAUGAACCUCAAGAGCGAGCUCCUCCGUGGAGUCUACGCUUACGGUUUCGAGCGCCCUUCUGCUAUCCAGCAGCGCGCUAUCAUGCCGGUCAUCAAGGGUAACGACGUUAUCGCUCAAGCCCAGUCCGGUACCGGAAAGACUGCCACUUUCUCCAUCUCCGUUCUCCAGAAGAUCGACCCCAACAUCAAGGCAUGCCAGGCUUUGAUCCUCGCCCCAACCCGUGAGUUGGCUCAGCAGAUCCAGAAGGUCGUGGUCGCCAUCGGCGAUUUCAUGAACAUCGAGUGCCACGCUUGCAUCGGUGGUACCUCCGUAAGAGAUGACAUGAAGGCACUCCAGGACGGCCCACAGGUCGUGGUCGGAACUCCAGGCCGUGUUCACGACAUGAUCCAGCGCCGUGUCCUGCGCACCGACAGCAUGAAGAUGUUCGUGCUCGACGAGGCCGACGAGAUGUUGUCUCGCGGUUUCACCGAGCAGAUUUACGACAUCUUCCAGCUCCUCCCACAGUCCACCCAGGUCGUCCUCCUGUCCGCUACCAUGCCACAGGACGUUCUUGAGGUCACCACCAAGUUCAUGCGCGACCCAGUCCGUAUCCUCGUCAAGAAGGACGAACUUACUCUCGAAGGUAUCAAGCAGUUCUACAUCGCCGUCGAGAAGGAGGACUGGAAGCUCGACACCCUCUCCGAUCUCUACGAGACUGUCACCAUCACCCAGGCCGUCAUCUUCUGCAACACCCGUAGAAAGGUCGACUGGCUCACCGACAAGCUCACUGCCCGUGACUUCACCGUCUCUGCCAUGCACGGAGACAUGGACCAGACCCAGCGUGACGUGAUCAUGAAGGAGUUCCGCUCUGGUUCUUCUCGUGUCCUGAUCGCCACCGACUUGCUCGCUCGUGGUAUCGAUGUGCAGCAGGUCUCCCUGGUCAUCAACUACGACUUGCCAGCCAACCGCGAGAACUACAUCCACCGUAUCGGCCGUGGUGGUCGUUUCGGUCGUAAGGGUGUUGCCAUCAACUUCGUCACUGCCGACGAUGUGCGCAUGAUGCGUGAAAUCGAGCAGUUCUACAGCACUCAAAUCGAGGAGAUGCCAAUGAACGUGGCCGAUCUCAUUUAAGUGCAACACCAAUAUCUCACACACCCACGCCUUUGACGUUCGACUGAGUCCUGACCAAGCUGGUCUUCGGACCCUCAUUUGUCGAGCCGCGGAGGCACCCACUACACACACGAUACCUGGACAGCAUCCGCCGCUUGUGCGCAGACAGGGCGCCCUUAUCACGAUUGCUCACUGAAAGCGCUAAUGGCGAGGGAUGAAGAAAUGCAUCAUGGUCAUCGGGAAGGAGUUUGCGAUGAUGCUUUGCGGUCAAAAUUACUUGCGCGAAUGUUUCUUAGAACGGAUCACGGUGUACUGCUUACGUUGAAGCUGUUUCUGCUCAGGCUGAAUUGCGAUCUCGUGCGUAGGAUAGAGCUGCGUAUGAACAGCAAAAAAAGUACAUCUCCUUGGCGCCUUCCUCUUUGAUGCGCGUUGUGGUCGUUCCUUCCUUUUCAAUGCACGUUCAGUUCUUGGCACUCUUCCGACUUCACUU